CACAGCUAGCCAGCAUCAUGAUCUUUUAACCCCAACAAACGGUAAAUUCCAAAAAGCUUAUUAAUAUAAACAACUGUACACAUCACACCAGUUUCUCCUUCCACUUUCCAUUCUGAUCCCCUCCCCACUCCCCCUUCGCCACUACGACACCAUCCCUCUUCCACCCCCCUCCAAUUCUCAUUCUCCUUUCUCCAUAUUCUGAGUGCCCUGCCUUGUAACCUUCACAUUCCUUUUUUAUUCCCCUAUCCCUCCUUUCCCAUUCCCAAACUAUGCCUGCCCCCACUUUCCCUGCGCGCGUGGGCUUUUCAACUCUCUCUCUCCCUCCACAUACUCCAAGAGAUCUCCCACAAAAAGCAAUCAAAGCCCCCUCUUGUUAUGCCCACAAUCAUGAGCCUUGGUUGCCUCAUGCGCAUGCCAUAUUCCCCAUUGCCCUGCUUCUUCUUCUUCAAUCUCCCUUAUGCUCACUAUAAAUCCCCCACCCAACCCCACUCUCUUCUUCCCACUUCCCCAACCGACUCCCUCUCACAACUUCAUCUUUCAUCCCUUUCCACCAUCAUUGCUUGUCCAUGGCCCUCUCCGGGUUCGAAGGCUUCGAGAAGCGGCUUGAGCUCCACUUCUUCGGCCACGAUCCCAUCGGUCUACGAAACCUCAGCUUCAAAACACUUGAUCAAAUCCUCGCCGCUGUACAGUGUGGAGUUGUCUCAGCCGUCGGCAAUGCCCACUUCGACGCCUACGUGCUCUCCGAGUCAAGUCUCUUCAUUUAUCCUCACAAACUCGUCAUCAAGACAUGCGGAACCACCGGACUCCUCCACUCUGUCCCGCUCCUCCUCCUCCACUCCGCAUCGCACGGCCUCAAACUCCUGCGCUGCAAAUACACUCGCGGCAGUUUUAUCUUCCCCAGCGCGCAGCCCGCCCCGCACACAAGCUUCAAGGAAGAGAUUUUAUUCCUGGAGAAAAACAUUCCUGCCUCCCUCCGCUACCGAAAGGCUCGAUUUCUCCCCUCCCAUUCCUCUCGCCACAAGUGGCACGUCUACUGCGCUAGUUCCAAAGCUGACGACUUUUAUGGAGGACUGAUAACAAUAGAAGUCUGCAUGACCGAGCUCGACCGGACCGUUGCCGACCGAUUCUUCCGCUUGCCGGGGGAGGUAAAGAUGUCAGGACAUGAAGCAGGGAGAGAGAUGACACAACGGGCCAGCAUACCAGACGCCGCUGGUCCGCGGGCCUUCAUCUGCGACUUCGCCUUCGAUCCUUGCGGAUACUCCAUGAACGGGCUCCACGCCGAGCGCUACUCCACCAUUCAUGUCACGCCGGAGGAGGGGUACAGCUACGCGAGCUACGAGUGUGUGGUUGCGGAGGAGUCGGAGAUACAGAGCGUGCUCAACAAAGUGAAUACCGUGUUCCGGCCGGGAGUAAUGUCGGUCUCGGUAACCGGCGGAGCUGACGAGCGGAUUGAUAUAGCAGGACUUAGUUGCCGGAGCCGAGCAGAGGAAGCCUUCUCCGGCGCAGGCAUCGUGACAUACCUAACAUUUGUGUCAGGAAUGGAUGAGGAGUGAAGUGCAGCCUGAUGUUGUCUUCUCAGAGAUGAUACUGGGAUGUAAUUGAGAGAGAGAGAGAGAGAGAGGAGCUAGUGAGGAAGAUGGAAGAGGUUGAGAGUGGGAACGCCAUGAUGUAGAGCUCCACUAACAAGUGUCACGCCUAGUACUUGAGGAGGCACAUAGUGGGGUUAAGGGUGAGUGAGGGUUUGGUGCAGGGAAUUGGAUGUUUUUAGGUUUUUCUUUUUAUUUAAAUCUUUUUUCAAAUGGUUUGUUGUUCUUGCCUUUCUUU